AUGCCCGCCGCGGUCUCGGCACGUCUGGAUUCGCUGGAGUCCUGGGCCUUCCAUGCGCUGCUGGUGCUACCCUAUAUGUUUUACGUGGGCUUGUUCUUUGUCAACGUGCUGAUCCUGUACUAUGCCUUCCUGAUGGAGUACAUCGUUCUCAAUGUAGGCAUCGUCUUCCUGCCCGAGGAUAUGGACCAGGCUCUGGUGGAUCUGGGGGUGCUCUCCGACCCUGGCUCCGUGCUCUACGAGACGGACAGCGAGCUGGAUGUCUUUGAUGGCUACUUGGAGUGACGCCCCGGGGCGCUCCGAAGCGACUGCGGGGUGACGCCGCCCGGCGCGGGGCUGGGGCCGGCUGUCCC